CACAUUUUCCCGGGCAUUUCGCCUUAAAUUAAGAGUUUAAGACCCCAAUUAUUCAACAUUAGAAAUUAAUCAACAUAGUACCAGUCUUUACAUAAAUGGACAGUACUAGUCCAACGUAGCCAUAAUUGAAGCUUCAAAACAAACCAACAUACACACACAUUUACUCCGUGGUCGAAUCGAAACGAUUCAUGUCAGGUUCUUGUCCAGUGUCACUAUAUACAAAUGCAACAGCUAGACUUGGCGGACCAGUAAAGUAAACAAGUUUAAUUUAAGCUCUUCUAUCUUUUUUUGUGACUCCAACAUAUCAUAUAUUCAAUUUUUCGGUAUUAUUGUGUGUGAAGAAUUUAAGGAGCCAGUAGAGUUGGGUUGGGACAUUGAAACAAGACGAUGAACCAAGAAAUGAGUGGUGUUGAGGAUCAGAAGCAGCAGCAGCAAGAUCAAAUGAAUCGUGUGAAUGGGGUUCAUCAUAAUGAGGAUAAAAUAGAUUAUGUGUUUAAGGUGGUGGUGAUUGGGGACUCUGCUGUUGGGAAAACUCAGGUGCUUUCCAGGUUUGCUAAGAAUGAGUUCUGUUUUGACUCAAAAUCAACAAUUGGUGUUGAGUUUCAGACUAGAACUGUUUCUAUUCAGUCCAAAGUGAUUAAGGCUCAGAUCUGGGACACUGCAGGGCAAGAAAGGUACAGAGCAGUGACAAGUGCAUACUACAGAGGAGCGCUAGGAGCCUUGUUAGUUUACGAUAUAACAAAGAGACAGACAUUUGAUCAUGUAGCUAGAUGGGUUGAGGAACUCAGGGCUCACGCCGAUAGUUCCAUUGUAAUCAUGUUGAUCGGUAACAAAGCUGAUCUAGUUGACUCGAGGGCAGUUCCAACUGAAGACGCGGUCGAAUUUGCAGAGAGGCAGGGGCUGUUUUUCUCUGAGACAUCAGCUCUUAGCGGCCACAAUGUUGAAUCAGCCUUCUUUAAACUCUUAGAAGAAAUAUUCAAUAUGGUAUCAAGAAAGACUUUGCUGGUGGGUUCUGGUGCUAAUGGAAAUCACAUCAAAGAGACUAAUAAUGGAUUUCUUAAAGGAUUGAAAAUUGAUGUUAUUUCUGGUCCUGAUUUUGAAGUUAGUGAGAUGAAGAAAUUAUCUUCUUGCUCUUGCUAAAUAUAUUUAAGCAAAAAGAAAAUAUGGAAGAGAUAAAUAUGAUGAUGAGUGUGUCAAAAAAUGUGCUUGUAUAUGGGAAGCUUGUCAACAAGAUUAUUGCUCCCUCUUUUGGCUUUAUAGAAUGUGGAGUGAGUUGUGAUCAAUAUUUAUGUAUGCAAUUGAUUCUGUAAUGAAAUGAACUUAAGAUAA